GGGAGCGCCAGCAGCAGGAGCAGCAGCCUGGGCGCCUGUGAGGGAGGCGAGCGCCGCGGAAAGAGCGGGAAGGGAUUCUGGAUCCCUCUUCGGACUCCUCGACGCGGUGCGGCCGCCGCCGGCGGGGGUUGGCGGGGGGGGGGAGAAACAACACCCAGGCGCCUUUGCCCGCCCCGGCUGGGCUGAGCGGAGCAGCAGCUUCUGCCUGGUGGAUGUGUGUGAAUGAGUUCUGCACCGAAUGGGCGCAAAAAGCGCCCCAGGUCCACGGGCUCGAUUUUCCAGAUCAGCAAGACGCCGCUGCACGGCAGGGAAGGUGAGCGCCGAGGCAGCACCUCGGAAGGCGCCCACAAGACCCAGAGAGCCCUGGAUGACUGCAAGAUGCUUGUCCAGGAUUUCAAUACCCAGGUGGCUCUGUACCGUGAAUUGGUCAUUUCCAUUGGGGAUGUAUCAGUCACUUGUCCAUCUCUACGUGCUGAAAUGCACAGGACUCGAACCAAAGGAUGCGAGAUUGCCUGUCAGGCACACCAAAAGCUAGCAGCAAUUUCUGGCCCAGAAGAUGGUGAGAUUCAUCCUGAAAUCUGUAGACUAUAUAUCCAGUUGCAGUGCUGCUUAGAAAUGUAUACAACAGAGAUGCUAAAAUCCAUAUGCCUACUAGGAUCACUUCAGCUUCAUCGAAAAGGGAUGGAGACUUGUGCAGCUCCAAAGACUGGAGACAGUAAAGUAGAGGAGAGUCCAGAAGUUCCUAUUUUAGAAGAUACAUCUUCUUCACCCACAGACAUUCAGCAACAUCUAUUGCAGGUUUCCACAGAUAUUGAAAACACAGAGAGAGAUAUGAGAGAAAUGAAAAACCUUUUAAGCAAACUCAGGGAGACUAUGCCUUUGCCAUUGAAAAAUCAAGAUGAUAGCAGCCUCCUAAACUUGACUCCUUAUCCGUUAGUGCGAAGACGGAAGCGAAGGUUCUUUGGACUCUGCUGUCUUGUCUCAAGCUAGAAGACCCAAUGCAGAAGUGCGCAGAUAACCAUAGCCAAUACAAUUGACCUUCCGCUGGAUAAACCUAAUGCUCUAACUUUAAAUGUAUGUUUUCUACACUGCCCUAAUUCUAUCCCUUCCUCUCCUUUUCAAGAGUUUUGCAGAUCGUUGCUGACCAGAACCAAAUCGGGAAGCCAAUUUAACAUUAUUAAGAAUAUUUUUUAAUGUUUUUUUAAUGGCACGUCUGUUUAAAAUCAUUCUGUGAUUAGAGGCAAAUAUUACCAUUAUUAAAUAAAACAUGCAGAAAUUUUUAUUUAGUGUACAAAACCACAACAACUGAUUGUGUACAGUACAAUAGUAUGACUGUAGCUCUUGCUAGUAUGAUGUUAAAAUAUUUGAACAUAUUCUAUUAAGCAAUCUUAAUCCAUAGGAAAGUAUUUAGAACAGCGAAACUGUGCUCAAGUUCUAAAGCGCUAAAAUAAACAGAGCCAAUAUCGUAAGAGAACAUGCACAAACUCUCCUAUUGCUUUUUGUGCUCUCAUUCAUAUUUAGUCUUCCACUCUAUAUCUCAACUUAUCCAAGAUCUUCAUAGUACAAUAUCUUAAUUUCUAAUACACAAGCAACAUAACAUUAAUAUGUUGAUCCUGUAAAUAUGAGAGUUAUAUCUACAUAUUGU